AUGUCGUUGGAGGUCCCUAACCUUGGUUCUCAAAAGGACGAGCUUGUGUCGCGCGCGUCUAAUACCGCCGCCAUUGAAGGUAAUGGGAACCCUGGAACGCGCUCAUCAAGAGCCAGCCUGCAGGUGCCUGGCUCCAUGCGUCCGAACAACGAUGCUCAUCAACGGCGUACACCGCCGCAAGACGAGCGGCUUGAACCAGAUUCCGGAAAUCUCGCAGACCUCGUCAGUGGCGAGGCUAUCCGAACCGCACAAAUGAACCACCAAAGCCGAAUGUGCUUCAUUGGAUCCGAGCCAUCCAACUUCAACUAUCUGGUGCGGCAAACAUCAUCGCAGACGAGCCAGGAUCGCAUCUUCCACUUCAGCAAUCGUCAAUACCACCUCAAGUAUACCGCUCACGACAUCGAUCGCAUACCGCACGAGGCUCUAGAGCGGCCAACAAAGCCCCUCAUAGAUAAGCUGGUACGGGCAUACUUUGUAUACAUCAACCGUGGUUGGCCAAUCGUUGACGAAGAAAACUUUGUCGACCAACUCGAAGAGAAGGACCCAAGGAACCCCCUAUCUUUGCCGUUGUUAAACGCUGUGCUGUUGGUAGGAGCACACGUAUUGUCGUUUCAGGAGGAUUUCGAACAAAUGAAACAGCUUCAGUCGGUUCUAUUUAGACGCACCAAGACGCUAAUAGACUGUCGAUUUGAGCAAGACAGAUUGGUCUAUGUUCAAGUCGCUUUGCUCUUGACGUGGUACUCGGACGGGCUGGAAGAAGUGGUCGCCAAUGCAUGGUACUGGAUGGGCACGGCAGCCCGUACGGCCACGGGGCUGGGAAUGCAUCGUGACACGACGACAGCCAGGUUGCUCGACGUACACAAGCGCUCCUGGGUCCGUGUAUGGUGGGUUUUGUUCCAAUUCGACACGCUUAUUUCGCUGUCCUACGGGCGCCCACAAUCUAUAAAUCUCGACGAUUGUGAUGUUCCCGACCUUGACCAUGUCCAUUUUCAGGGCAUUAGCGAACCGGAAGCAGACUUUGUCAUUCACCAAACCCGCCUUUGCAUCAUCAUAUCCCGAACAUUCAGACAGCGCUGGGCGCUUCGAGCGUCGAGAGAGCAGAGGAUGAGGGCGACGGAAUGGGCAGACCAGGCCUUGGCGAAUUUCACGACGGAGCUGCCUCCCCCCUUGCAAUUGUCGCUCGCAAAUGCCGGAACGUGGCAUGCCGUCCUCCACCUCACAUACAAUAAUUUCGUGCUCCUGCUGCACCGGCCGCCGCCAAGGCGUAAGAGUCAUGACCAGCCAUCACAAUCCGCUGGCAACCUGGACAUUUGUGCAGAGGCCAGCAUGGGUCUUGUUUCGCUGCUAGAAGGCCUUUAUUCGACGCGUCGACUUUACGCUCUGUCGCUGUUUGACGUCCAGGCCAUCUUCACAGCCAUUGUUGCGGCCAACAACGAGCUCAGCACCAACAACCCCCUCGUCGUGGUCAAGGCGGCACAGAAGCUGAAAUCCAUCUCGGCUACCUUGACGGUGUUGGCGCGCAACUGGAGUUUUGCCAGGGGGCUUUUACGCAUAUUCAACUCGAAGGGCGAAUUGACACUCAACAAGGGAAGGAGGGAGCCUGUGUCGGAUCCAGCGCAACAUGGCCACGAGUGCAGCAGUAGAUGCCAUGAUACUACUGGAACUAUGACCGGCAGUCAAGCCGCUGUCAACUCUGCCUCGGAGACGGCGCAGAAUGGAGGGAUGUUUAACAGGCAGCUUGCUGCCUCGGUCAUGACUCCGUCGGAAACCGCGCGCAACUCGCCUAGUAGCCUCAUCGGUGACGACGGUAUACCGCUGGGUAACCCUCUUGACGACUUUGUAUUCCCGAGUGCAUUUGAAUUGGAGGAGUUUUUUCUCGGUGUGGACACAGAUGACAUGUAUUUUUAA